AACGGCUUUCGAUUCCACGAAUUCCAUGCGAGGUUAAUCGAAUCCUCAUAGGAUCUACCGGUGUAGGUGUGUCUUUCUCUUGCUUCGCCAAGUUCCCUCGACUCUGGAUCCCGUCGUGUAGAAUUCCCCAUUUCUUGGAGGUUUAGCUGUUUGAAUCGUACAUCGGACUGGGAAGUCGAUAAAAUUAGGGCUCCAUAUGUGAGGAAGUCUACAUUUUGCUGGAAAGGAUUGGGUUUUUUGGCCGAGGGGAAGUGCAUUUGCGCCGUCGAAGAUGAUGCUGGCGGAGGGAAGCAGGAGGAAUUCUCAACUCUUUUCUGAUGAUUCGUUGGAUGGCGACGUCGCCCGUCCGAGAGAGAUCGAUGGUAUCGCGACGAUCCCCGUGUCCUCGUCUUUGUCUCCGUCGUCGCCGCCUGGUUUCUCUCUUGAAUCUAAUCACAUCCAGCAUCGCGUCUCUAGGAUGGAUACUCUUGCUGGUGUUGCGAUAAAGUAUGGCGUCGAGGUUGCAGACAUCAAACGAUUAAAUGGAUUAGUAACGGACCUUCAGAUGUUUGCUCACAAGUCAUUGCAGAUUCCUCUGCCAGGAAGGCAUCCACCGUCGCCUUGUCUAUCCGAUGGUUCUAUUGAGAAUCGAGAUCAGAGUCCGCCCCAUCGACCUUGUAAUGACGUUUUAGAAUUGAUCGAGUCAAUCAACAUGAGACCUCGUCUGCGUAAAGUUUCUCCUGCCAUGAGCAGGUUACAGGGAUACUAUGGUCUCGGCCACACUAAAAGAAGGCCAGUUCUUGGAGGCGAGGAUAUGUCACUCUAUGGAACAGGAAAAUGCUGCUUCGACGAUGAACUACUAUAUAAAAAGUCACCGACUUCUGAUCCACCUCCAAGCAGGCACAGGAAGUCUAGGAGUCUGAUGAAUGGAUUCUCACUAGAGAACGGUUAUAUUGCCGACGAAAAAGCAGUUUUUGAAGCUGGGGAAAACAGUGACAUUGAGAGAUCUAUCAGGAGACGUCAAAAAACUGAUACCCCAGAAUUGUUUCUCGAGGACAGCAAUGGUGGAUUCUCAGGGAGGACAGGAAAGGGUAUAGCACCAAGACCGAAAUCAGGGUACAGGAUCGAUACGGAUGUGGGUCGCUUGAGUGUUCUACCCAAUGGGGACUAUGUCAAGAACGAAGCUCUUGCUUCUGUGAGGAAGUCAUCCAGCACCUCGUGUUUGCAAUCGCAGGACUUCGAUAACAUCUCUUCCAUGUGGCCCAUGAGCAAGUGGAGUUUGAAAUCAGACGUCCUUGCUAGGCCGAUAUUUGAUGGCUUGCCGAAGUCCAUGACUGUGAGGAGAAACAAAGCUGCUCGGGAUUAGCCAUCCAUGGCUCAUGUUUAGCUCUACGUCUUGGUGUACACAAUUUAUGGAGAUUCUGAUGGGUACCGCACACGAGGCCUUCAAUUGUGCAAGACAAAAACUGGCUGCAUUCUUUUAGGGCAACUGACCACUGUUUCUGCAGAGCCUGUGUAGAAGGAUUCGUUUGUAUAAAUGCAGUUGUUUGAUUGAAGAGGGAAGGAACAUCAAUUGUUGUACGAAUCUUUUAAUUUGCAUUCAUAUAAAAUUAGCUCC